AUGUCGCCAGAAGCAGAAAAUGAUCUACAAAACGCCAACAAUCAGACUGUGGGUGAUAAUGGUGCAGCGAAACCAAACACUACAUCGGUUGUACCUGCUAUUCUUACAAGUAAUUUAACAAAACUUGUGAAUACAACUUCUCAAGUCUUGACUACUACACCUGCACCAGUAAUUCCACCUGCACCUGCAAACAAUAAUGGAGGGAAUGGAGGUGGUGGAGGGGAAGAGCCGAAAUCAAAUAACACCAGCAUCAUCAUAAUUGCCGGUGCUGCAGUGCUCCUUGUAAUUGUUAUUGCUGUGAUAAUUCUUGGCUUCGUCAUACAACGAAAAAAACAUGAACAAAAACUACGAUUAGCUGAAGAAAUUGAAAAAGAAGAGAACGUAAGGAAAAAGAAAAAGAAGCAAAAGAAGAAGAAAAAGAAGAAAGAAAGUGGAAGUAAGAGUGCAAGCGGUAAUCCAAGUGAUGAAUCAAAAGAAGGAGCAGGAGGAGGAGCAGGAGGAGGAGGAGGAGGAGGAGGAGGAGCUGCUGAAGGAGGAGCUGAAGGAGGAGCUGAAGGUGGAAAAAAUGUUGCUGCGGAUAGAGCGGGAGGUGGAAAAACGGAGGGGGACCAAGCAGAAGGGAUGGUAGACUCACAGAAGAGUGAACGAGAAAUGUGCGACUCGUUAUGA